AUGUUAAAGAAACAAAGAAAUUUACAAGAUAUUUUACAACUGAAACAGUUAAAAAAUGACGAAGAAAAUGCACAUGAGAAUGAUAAUGAUAAAGGUAAGAGUAACUAUAAGGAGAGACUGGAUUCAGUUAAAAUAGAUGAAGAAAAUGUUACGCAGCCAAGUGUUAUCUCUAUGGAAAAAGUGGAAGAAAAUGAAUCCAACAGAAAAGUAGACGAAAAAGUGAAAUCAAAUGAAACAGUGAAUAAUUUGCAGUUGCGAACAUUUGAAAAUACUACUGUAACAGAGGGAGAAAAAUUGAAGGAAAUUUUAUCAACGCAAAAUUCACAAAAUGAGAAUUUGUUAAGAAUUGAACCGGAGAAACCAUUGCUACAAAUGUCAAAUAUAGUGCAAAAAGAUGAUAGCCAAAUAUUAGCAUCGUCAUCGUCAAGUCAUGCUUCAUCACCAGUUCAAACAUCACCAAAAAUAGCAACAACAGCAACAGCAACAACAACUAUAACAACAAUAACAAAAACAAAACCUUUAAUAAAAUCUCCCAAAAUAGGAUCUCCGGCAACAAAAUCUCCCAUUAUAACAAUGAAAACUUCGCCAACAAAGUCUGCAAUAGCGAGAAAAGGUGAAAGUGUAUCAAAGAUUAGCAUGAAAUCAGCUAAAGUUAUUACUGGUGCCGUAACUACUAUUCCGUCGACAUUUACUGGUGAUGAUGAAGAUGAUUACUUUCAUGGAUUUCUGCCACGUGAAGAUGCAAAUAUGCUUUGCAUACUUGAUGGUGAUUUUUUGCUACGAACUACCGAAGUUUUUUCUGGUGAAGAUCGAAAGCUAUGUUUAUCAGUUGCAUGGCACGGCAAGCAUCAUAUCAUUUUGCAUUACGACAAAUUGAAAAAUCGAUAUGGAAUAAAACCUAGUCGUACAUUUCCCACAAUUACCGAUUUGGUUAAUUAUUAUGCUCAACAUAGAUUUAAAAUACUAAAAGAACGUGUAUUACUAAAAAAUCCAAUUGUCACGCAAUCAUGGGAAUUGAAACAUCAACAGUUGCAACUUCUUCAAAAACUUGGCGAAGGCGCAUUUGGUGAAGUACAUUCAGCUAAUCUUGCACUUACUCCUCGAUUUCAUGUUAAAGCUGCUGUUAAAGUUCUUAAAUGUGAUGCAAUGACAAAAGAAAAAGUACGUGAAGCGAUGUGUGAAGUUCGAAUGUUACGAAAUUUACGACAUGAAAAUAUUGUUCGGUUUUAUGGGGUUGCUAAUAGAAAGGAACCUUUAAUGAUUGUGAUGGAACUUGUCAAGGAAGGUGCAUUGGAUGUAUUUCUUAGGAAGAAUGGUAAUAAUCUUUCAAUGAAAAAUAAACUAUUAAUGAUUCGUGAUGCUGCAUUUGGCUUAGCCUACUUACAUAGCCAAAAUAUUAUGCAUAGGGAUUUGGCAACUCGUAAUUGUUUGUAUACAGGCGAAAUAGUUAAAUUGAGUGAUUUUGGUAUGUCCACUUAUGGACCUCAAUAUAAAUUGCAACCCACUGAUAAAGCACCUGUUCGAUGGAUUGCACCUGAGGUAUUUCGGACGCUAAUUUAUUCCUUUCCUUCUGAUACGUGGGCCUUUUUUGUUAUGGUUUGGGAAAUUUUCAAUGAUGCUACAGAACCUUAUGCAGGCUGGGAUCGAGCACGUGUUAAAGCUGAAGUUCUGAAAGGUAGUCGAUUAUCGAUACCUCCUACAGUACCAAAUAUACUUCAAGAACUUUGUAAGAAAGCUUGGAAUGCUGAUGUCAGCAAACGGCCAACAAUGCAUACCGUAGCAUCCGUAUUGAUGAAAUUGACCACAAAAAAUGAUAUUAGUGAAAAGCAAGCUAAUAUUAUUGCUAGCACACCAAAACAAACGGGUAGAAAUAUGCAAAUGAAUCAUUAUAAAUCAAAAUCGUCGACAUCUUCUGCUAAUAAAUCAUCGCUAAAAUUGAAAAAAAGCUCAAAGAGAAGCUCCAAGAGAAGAGCGAAGAAAUCACGUCGAUAG